ACGCCCGACCAGCUAGAAAUAGCUGAUAACAACCAUGUGAACGAAAGCAUUCGUAUGGCCGUAAACAGAAACGAACAGGGAUGCCUGCCUGAGUCAGAGCCAACCCAGGAUGACGUAAGUGCCCGUGGCCGCAGCGCGACAGGCGGCCUGACUUAUGUUUUUUACCGGACACAGCCUCUAGAAGCCACCACCGUGGUACGGUCGUCCUGUCGGGAUUUCAGGAGGCCGCGAGAUAGAAGAUCAGAGAUUGCAGGGACCAG